UCUUCGGUCGAUAAAUUACCUACUUCACCUGCACAUUCAUAUCUCAUCUCAAGAAAAAUUUAUAUUCUCUGCUAAUUUUUAUUUCUUCGCUAUCUGUCUUUAUUUUCCAAUUUCACUAUGGCUUUGGAAGAGAAUCUUGUUAAUGGGGUGACUGAAAUCAUAAAGAAAAUACUACCUGUUAUUACUGAACAGAUAACUCUUAAAUGGGGUGUAAAAGAUGACUUAAAAAAGCUCAAGGACACCUUGGAGUUUAUUCAAGCUUUAAUUUCUGAUGCUGAGAGAAAGCAAGUAAAUGAUGCUACUGUCAGGCUUUGGUUGAGUAGGCUUAAAGCUGUUGUUUAUGAUGCGGAUGAUGUCAUGGAUGAGUUCUCUUAUGAAACCAUGCGUCGUCAUGAAAUGGGAAGGCAAUUCAAGCACAAGGUACGGAGCUUUGUUUCACCCUCUAAUCCGAUUGCAUUUCGUUUCAAGAUGGCUCGUAAGAUUUUUGGUAUUAAUGAGAAAUUAGAUAAAAUUAACGAAGAUAAUGUUAGGUAUACGUUGAAUUCUAGUAGCUCUCAUGAUGAUCAAACUAGGGAUCGACGUAACCGUUUCACCUCGUCGAUUGGAGAUGAUUCAGUACUUCUAGGGAGGGAAGGUGCAAAAUUAGACAUAGUAAAUUUAUUAACUGACAAAUUGUCACCAGUGUCAUCAUCAUUAGGCAGUUCUUCUCAGCAAGCCAAAAUUUCAACCGUUUCCAUUGUGGGUAUGGGAGGACUUGGCAAGACUUCACUAGCUCAGUUGGUCUUUAAUGACGAGUCCGUAGAAAAAUUCUUUGAUCUAAAAAUGUGGGUCUGCAUAUCUAAUGACUUUGAUGUUUGUAAGAUUUUAAGAAAUAUCUUAGAGUCCAUUACUGAAGCUCCGUCUGGUGAUUUUUCAAAUUCUGAUGUUCUGUCAAAUCAGGUUAAGAAAAGAUUGAUUGGUAAAAAAUACCUGUUAGUUUUAGACGAUUUGUGGAAUGAAGAUAAUGAAGAUUGGGAAAAACUAAAGAAUAUCCUUGUCCAUGGUGUCAUAGGCAGCAAAAUGUUAGUCACUACACGCAACCAGAUGGUUACAUCUGUUGUUGGGGGUAUAGUUUAUGAUUUGCAAAAGUUGUCGGAUGAUGUUAGUUGGUCUAUUAUCGAGAAAAAAGUAUUAUCUCAAGGUGGAGAAAUACUGACUGAAAAAAUGAUAGAUAUUGGAAAAGAGAUAGCGACAAAAUGUGAUGGCUUACCACUUGCGGCAAAGUCUCUUGGAGGAGUAAUGUCCUUAAAAAGAGACGAAAGGUAUUGGUUGGCGAUCGUAAACAAUAAUACUUUGUGGGAUACACCGGAAAAUAGAAGAGUUCUAUCAACAUUAAAACUGAGCUAUGAUAGUUUACCUUCCCAUCUGAAGCAAUGUUUUUCAUACUGUUGUCUGUAUCCCAAAGGAUGGAAAAUAUAUAGAGAAACUUUAAUCCAAUUAUGGGUGGCAGAAGGAUUGAUCUUUCAGCCAUCUGACUCGGGAGAUAGUCUCGAGGAUGUAGGUAAUGAUUAUUUUGAGCAUUUGAUGUGGUGCUCAUUCUUUCAGGAAGUACAAAGGGACGAAUUAGGGGUUAUUCGAACUUGUAAGAUGCAUGAUUUUGUUCAUGAUCUUGCAACGAGUGUUAUUGAACCUUUUGAAUUUGCAAUUGUCAAGGAAAGUUAUGGGAAUCAAGAAUUUUCAGAAGUUCGUAGUUUCCAAAUGGUUUGUGAUGAAAAAACAUGGAAGGUAUUGCCUGAAGUGCUAUCCAAUGCAAGAAAACUGCGAACAGUUGUUGCUUUGAUGACAAAGGAAUGCCCACAUGUCAAUAUCUUCUUCUGUAAUAAGCGUUUACGUGUAUUAUGUGCACUCGGUGAUCGUCAUACAAUCUUAUCCUCUUCGUUCCCUAGAUUUAUACAUCUGAGGUACCUUAACAUUACAAACUGUAAAAUAGAUUCAAAACAUGAUAUGUCUUUUAAUCAUUCCUACAGUUUGCAGACACUGGUACUGUCUAGGUGCAAUAACGUUCCCAAGCUUAUCAGUGAAAUCGGGUCUUUGAAAAAAUUGAGGCAUAUCAACAUCUCAUACUCAGAUAUUAAAGUUCUACCUGAUUCUAUUGUUAGCCUCAGUGAUUUGCGGACGCUGGAUCUCGAUCAUUGUCGUGAAUUUGAAUCUUUACCUGAAGCAAUUGGAUCGUUAAGACAUCUAUUUUAUCUUUUUGUUUCAUUUACGUCAAUUACAAAGUUACCUGAUUCAGUCACUUCUAUCAGCAGCAUGGGGACGUUGGAAUUCUUUGGUUGUGACAGGUUGCAUGCAUUACCUAGAGAUCUUGGAGAAUUGAGACACCUAAGAUGUCUUGAUUUGCGUGGCACUUCUAUAGAGGAAUUGCCGGAAUCAUGCAUGAGUAACCUCUGCAAUCUGGAGAUAGUGCAUCUAGGAGCUAAGUGUGUGCUUCCCAAACAAAUAAAGGAUUGGCAGAAAUUGAGAAUUUUUACACACAGAAGAGAAAGGGAUGAAAUGCCUAUAGGUAUAGAAAUUCUGACUUGCCUUGAAAAAAUAGAGUCUUACCUGGUGAGGGAAGAAGGAAUCAGUGAUAAAAAUAGCGGUAGACGUAGUGGGAUUGAGGAGUUGGCAUCUCUUGAGUCACUUAAGGUUUUAGUGAUCAGAAAUCUGGAGAAUGUGAAAGGCAAGGAAGACGCAGCAACAGCAAAGUUGGAGGAAAAUCAAAGCCUUCGACAUGUAUCUCUAAUUUGGGGUUCCUCUGGCGUUGGUGAACAAAAAAAUAGACUCCUACACGAUACUGAGGUGUUGCAGGGUCUGCAACCGCAUCCUAGUUUGAAAGAAUUAGUAAUAAGUGGAUUCUCAGGUUUAAAGCUUCCGAGGUGGAUGAGUUCAUCGUCAAAUUGCCUGCUUCCGAAUUUGAUGGAAUUGCGUCUGGAGGAUUUCCAUAGUUGUGAGAAGCUUCCAUCUCUGGGUCUGCUUCCAUGUCUGACGGAUCUCGACAUCUUUAAAAUGCAUUCAGUCAAGUAUUUGGGCGCAGAGUUUUAUCACGACCAAUAUGAAGGCACAACAACAACACCGUCAUCAUUAUUCCCUUGUUUAGUUCGUUUGGCAAUCCGUGAUAUGGAUAAUCUUGAAGAAUGGAUUGCUCCUCCUGCUUCAUCAUCUUCUUUCGCUUCCCUUGAGUUUCUGGGUAUCAAGAACUGCAAGAGAUUGAGAAGCAUACCAUUUGCUUCAUUUUCUUCACUUAGGAAGUUGAAUUUAGCGGGAACGGAUGACAGGAUGAUUAACUUAAUCCUAGCUGCCACUCGGGGAGGAUGUCUGAGCCGUCUCAUAGCCAUCGACAUUCGUAAUUCCCCAGAGCUAACAUAUUUCCCGCUGGGCAUACUUCAAACUUCUCAUCUUGAUUCUCUACUGAUCGAUGGUUGUGAUAAACUUCAAGCUUUUCGUGAUGAUGAUCUAAGCAACAUCAGAAGAAAUUCUCUCCGCUCAUUGUUCUUAUUGUGUUGUCCUGGUUUAAUGUCUCUACCGGAUUUAGAAUCUUGGACAUCUCUUCGGGAGUUAUAUAUCGAAAAAUGUGACAAGUUGGAGGAGUCAAUAAGCUAUGAUCUUAAGAAAUCUCUUAGCUUUCUAGACUCACUCAAAGUUGAUUAUAUUCAACGAAAAGAGCAGCUGGAAGAUCCAGAUUUUCCAUCGAACCUAAUUAAUUUGAUGGAGAAGAAAUAGAUCGGCUUGCUUCGGUUGAUCAUCAAUUCCAACAACACCUGAUUCAGUUACUACCACUAGUAGUUGGAAGAGGUGACCAUAGUUUGAAGGGCUGAGUGGUCUGAAAGGGGGACAAAGACGUGUCUAUGUUAUGUGUAGGGUGUCAUGUGAUUUACAAAGUCUUUCCAGCUGAAUAUGAAUAUAUCGGGGAAAAUAUCAUGGAGCAGGGAGCUUUCCAGCACUAGCUCAGGACGCAGAGAAAGGCUGAGCCACCAGCUCUGGAAGUGAUUAAAUGGGAAAAGUAGCGGGAAAUCAGAAACAUCAUUUUGGCGAGGUCCAUGUUACCCAUAUCUUAUAUAGUUCCCCCUUGGGAAUACGAAGUGGUCUUAAAGUUACUUGAGAGUAUGAUCUUACAUACAAAGGGAAGUUCCUCUUACGACUCUCAAGUUCUAGAGUUUAUAGUGUUGGGUGCAAUAAUUAAAAACAAAGAAAAAUCAA